AUGUUUGUAAUACGGCUGAUGUGCUGCAAUCUGCAUUAUAAAAUCGUCGAGGAAGAAAUUCCUAUUCUAGAAAUCUCAGAAGCUUCUAGCUUCGAAACCCUGAGUCUAUUUUUGGACAAGCUAAUGCUCAGUCGGGCGGUUCUUGGCAGCCAUUUAUGUCCUCAUCACCAUGGCGCCUGGAUGACCUCAUUGUCUAAGAGGAUCAAGUUAUGA